AUGUUAAGAAGUUUUAAUCAAACAACACUGGAUCAAGAACAACCUAUUGAGGACCCUGAUGGUAGAGAAAAUGGGCAUAGUGAAGAUACAAAUGAAGCUUUUUGGGUAUUAACAAAUUCAGAAGAAGUUGUACAACUUUGUGAUGCUCGUAAGACAAAUAAAAGAAUUUCGUGGAAGGUCAUGGUUGAUGAGAUUGGGAAUGAUCUCUUGAGAACAAAAAAUAUUGAUGAAAAACAUUAA